GGAAAAGUUGUUUUACCAUUAGCACAGUGGAUUUUUUUUUUUAUCUAAAGAUUAGUCACAAAUUAAAGGUUUAAAAAAAAAAAAAUUUAUCAUGGAUUCUCAAUGCAACUACGAUCUUGUCGAGGAAGCCGGUUUACAAAGACUUGGAACAAGUCGAAGAAAAUCAGCUACUGAAAAAAAAUUAGAAAAUUUACUAAAGACUGCUCAACCGCAUCAAACAAAUAAAAUGACACGUCAAAUGACGUUUCCUAAUGUGGUUAAAGAAGCAUCGAAAUUAAACGAAAUUAUAAGACCUGUUAAACUACUGCAAGAUGAUCAUUUUGUAGAAUCAGCAGGUCUCCAGCGAAUUUCAAUGAGCUCUAAAAAAUCUAAAACAGAAAAGUUAUUGGAACAAACUCUUAACACAACGCCAGAUCAUGUUCACACUCCCUCCGAUAAAAUCCCUGAAAAACUUAUUCUUGAAAAUAAAGAGAAUAAAACUGUUAGUGUUCUGGAAGGAAGGUUGUGCACACCAGAAAAAGUUGAUGAAAGACUAGGUGAACGAAUUGAAACUGAAGGCACGGAGGUAGGAGCCGCUUUAACAGAACGCUCGCAAAAUCUUUCAAUGUACCGUCUUAAAAACAUUGACCCUCCUACACCAGCUAAAGGAAACCGCAUUUCAAGUAGAACUCAAAACUUGUUUCAGCAAUAUAAAGUUGAUAUAGAGAACAGCAAAGCCGAUUUGUUAAAACGGGAAACAACAAAAGAACUGCGCGAAAUACGAUUGCAUUAUCAAAACAGUACGAUUGAAAACGAACGCGAAAUUGAAGCAGCAAGAAAAGAACGAAUGGAAGCAGAACGUCUAAUAAAAUUUUCUUCUAAUCGCUCUAUUUUUGCAAAUUAACAAACGCUGCCUAACUGGUUACUCCACUGCUGCCACCAAACUGAAAAUAAUUUAUAACAAAUUAAAUGUCUCCAUAAGUUAUUCUAAACUUUUGUAAAUAUUUUUGUAUAAAUUUAAUUCUUUUAAA